AUGAAGUUGACGCCGUCCGCGGAAGCGAAAGUGAAAGUACUUGUGAGAGGGGGAAACAAAACGUAUGUCGUCGGUUGCCUCCGCUCACUUCAUUCUCGUUUGGUGAAAUAAGAAGAAGACGACGAAAAGGGGACCAAGAACGAGAAGGAGCGGAAUAACAAUGACGAAUAUUUGCUCCAUUUGUUACCUUUCUUUGCUUACACUUCCCUGCUUCGUCCAAGCUUGCGGCGGCCGCUCCUGUCCCGCGCUGGAGUGCUGGUAUUUGAACGAGAAGGUGGCGGAAGGAAGUCUCACGCGCGGGCCCAGCCAGGUCAAGUCCCUACUUCGCAUCAGGACGGAAGGUCACCGUGCAGUCAGCCCGCAAUCUUCGGUCGACCCCAGCAUCCAGAGAGUCUACGUUGUUGCCGAUCCGGCGGCGACUCUGUGCCACCGCUCACCCAGCGGCUCGACCCGCAAGCCCUUUUGUGAGCUCAGCCACUUUCAGCCGCAGCCCUCCACCAUCAAAUGGGCCACCUCGCUGGCGGAGGACCUCAGCCCCAUUUACCUGCAAGCCGACUGGUUUUCCGCCGCUGUUCAGGACCUGGACAGACGGCACGGCACAUCCAGCAUCAUGCGCGCGCCCGCCGGGACCAACGAGCUGGACGUGGUCCUCAGCAUGACCUCCGCGACACUGUUAGUGCAGUCCAGAAUCGGGGAGCCGGUGCUGCUGGAUUGCCAGUUCUGGGCCGACCCCGCUUCUCCGCUGUACGGGUCCGGCUUUGCAGUGGAGUGGCGCUACCAGUCGCGAGGCAGCGGCCGACUGCUCCUGGCCUACGACGGCAAGGCGGACCGGCUGUCUGACUCGCCGGAGGAGGGCGCCACGCUGGACUUUGAGGCGCUGCACCGGAACGGCAACGCGUCCCUGAUGCUGCAAGAAGCCCAAGUGCGCCAUUCCGGAACGUACAUCUGCAUGGUGUACCUGCCGCACCUUCUGGCUCAGGUCACCAUUCAGCUGGAGAUCGCAGAACCUCCUUCCCUGUCCAUCCACCCGUCACCGCUUCCCCUCCCCACCCCCGGCCAGAUUUUGACAGUCCGCUGCGAGGCCUCAGGCUUUGCCCCCCAUUCCCUGGAACUGAGCUGGGAGUUGAAAGGCCCGGAUGGGAAGAGCCGGUCACUGGGACCAGGUCGCCUCUCCGGCCACAGACUAGCUUGGGACGGCACCUAUAGCCAGGACACCCGGCUGGAGCUGGACACGUCUGAUCCGGAGCUGGGCGGCGGGGGGGAGGUCACCUGUGUCGCCGAGCAUCCCGGGGGUACGCGCCGCGCCGCUGUGGCCCUCAAAGUCAUCGGCUUCAGCACGCCGUCCAUCGAGGACUCCAUGGCGAUGGUGGGAGUGGCCUUGGUGCUCUACGGCCUCAUCAAGUUCGUCUCUUGGACCUUCCUCGCCUCAGGUUCUGAUGAGACACAAGAAACAGACAAGAAAGAGAAGUGAAGAAGCUUGCCUGCUUUGUAGCACACAACGCUGGAAAGUCCAAGCAAAAGUCACCUUUUCCCUUUUACACCUCGUCAAUGUCACAAGCAACAAGACCAUUUUUUGUGCACACAAGAUUUAAUAUUUGUGGAUUCUGCAGUUCUCUCCUUUUCACUCCCUCCAAUAUUUGCUAACAUUGUUGCGGUUUGUUUUUGGAAUGUACGACAGAAAAUAAGAAUAAAGUGAGUUUUUGCUCAAA